UAACUGUCUGUUGUUUGUGUUUCCAUCUUUCAAGUCUGCCAGUGUGCCAGCCCAUAUUCUGAGGCCGGAUUCACCCAUGAAACAAAAAAGUGCUGGCCCACCCACCCUCAAAGGAGACGAAAAAUCGUAAUUGACAUCGGUUCACUAGUUCGUCGAUCUGGCGGCUGAAUUGCCAUUAUCAUUGACAUUGUCAUCGCCCUGCCCUGGAUUAUUGUUGGUGGCUUGGUUGGGCCUGAUGGAGCUGGGCGGGUGGAGCCCUGGCCCUUGACCACUCCGGAACACCCACCUCAUUUCCGAGUCCACCAGCCCUUUUAUCAUCAUUGUUAUUAUUAUCCUUACUACUAUGGUCUGGUUUAUCAUCCCGACGGUCGGUCAUUGAGCGGACCAUUACUGAGCUGUGACCGCCCUGUGACCGCCUAGUGAAGCGGAUGGCACCGGAGGGACGGUGGGCCUUGGCCACGGUCCUCUUGCUGUGUUUGGGCGGCGGCUGUGUGUCGACCAUUCGAGCCCCGGGAUGGGUCAACGCGAACGUGAAUCUCCAUCACCGAUGGCGCUAUGAGGUGUUCAGUCCGGAAUCGGGCCGCAUCGUGCGACGCCACGCCCUCGAUGCUCCGGAUUUCAAAUCAGCCACCGCGUUAGGCAACAUCACGAAUGCCGAUUUAGCCGCAUUGGAUUUGCCAGAGUCCAAAAUCAAUGAAACGCUGGAAGCUCAAAAUCAGACGCUCACAUAUGACUCGUCGCCCUAUUAUGACCAGCAAGCCGCCGACUUUGCCCGCCAUUGGAUCGAUUUCCCGGCUUUGCAAGCCUCGAAAGACGUGCGUGUCUACGAGCACCCGUUGCUCUCGCAGUCUUAUCGCCGGGCGGAUACGGUUACCCUCUCUUUCCGAUUCCCUUACUACGGACAUUUGGUGGAUAAGGUCACCAUCGCCACCGGCGGGUUUCUGUACCUGGGCCAGUACGUGCAUUCGUGGUUGGCCGCCACCCAGUACGUGGCUCCACUCAUGGCUCACUUUGACACUUCGAGUGACGAUGCGGCCAAGAUCCGAUACGUGGAUCACGGUGAUUUCUUUGCCGUCGAGUGGAGUCGGGUCCAUUUAAAAAGUCGGUCCAACACCGACGACGGCGAUGACGACAAGUCAGAGCGCCAGCCGGUCGAACAGCGACCUUUCACCUUCCAGGCAAUCCUCCAUCGGAAUGGAGACAUUGCGUUUGCUUACAAAGAGAUCCCCUUCGAGAUCUCCCUCAUCGAAGACAACGAGCAUCCCGUCAAAGUUGGGCUCUCCGAUGCCUACAUUAUGGACCGGACGAUAUUCUUUGUCAGACGUAAAACCAUUUACGAGUAUCAUCGCAUCAGUCUGCCUCACGCAUUCGUCGGUAACGAGACAGCCAUUCUGUUCAAGGCCCUCCCCACUUGUAACCAGAUGAAAACUUGUGCCGACUGUCUGGGUGAGAUCGUGCAUGGAUUUCAGUGUCAAUGGUGCCCGAGUGCGUUUAGUUGCUCGGAUGGAAUCGACCGACGCCGCCAAGAAUGGCUCACUCUCGGUUGUGAUCAUCGGAACAUAAACGAGUCUCGAUUUUGCGAUAUGUAUCCCAAAUCCCCGGAUGAUGCUGAUGCGAUCGUAUCCAGCACAUCACGCACAAAUGUCCCCAUGGAUGGUGAUAGUAGUAAUAACAAUAAUGAAAACGAUAGUAGGGACAAAGAUACUCCUUCUCAAGAGUCACACACCGAAACUAACGGAAAUCAAAUCCAUUUCGCCGUCACGGCUCUCAUCGUGAUACUUGUCAUAGCUGUUUUGCUCUUCCUGUGGCUAAUAUAUGCCUAUUUCUGUCCCCAUUCGUGGUCCGGACAAUUGCUCAUCAAAUAUCGACCCACUCGAUGGCAUUGGUUGAGGAGCGAACCUCGUUACACGGCCGCGUCAAUUCAUAUGUAGUCCCACCAACAAUUCAAGACAAACGGAGAAACUGCGGAAAUCAUCAAUCUUUACGGAGAGAAACUGAAUUCCAAAAGGCUCAAAGAAGAUCUGAACAAAAGAAAGACAAAACGAAAAAUCCUCGGUACUUUUAACCAUCUUGCCAUGAAACAAAUAACUCCAAACAUAUAUUGAUAUGUUCACGGUAAAUAAAUAGUAAGGAGCACGAACUAUAUCGACAAAAUAAAUCCCAUCAUACAUGCAAGA